AUGCAGCGAGCAGCGGCGUUCUUUCUCCGCUUUGGCGGAAACGAGAAAGCUGCAUGGCCUCGUGUGCUCCAGCCCCUGCCGACCUUUGCCGGCUGUCUCCGCUUCCUGUUGGUGCUUCUCGUCUCCUGCCUUGUGCCACUUAUUUCUUCUUCCGGUUUUGUCCCCUUCCCCAUGCGUUCCUGCCCUCUGCGGAGCCUUACGCGUUGGCGUGCGCCCUGGAGAAAGGCCGUCCGCGGCCGUCUCCAGGCCUUCGUGCUCCUUUCCGCGGCCCAUGUGACUGCCUGGCGCAGCUCCGCUUCCACGGGGAGGCCUCCUCCUCGUGCCCCAGCGCCUGCGUCGUUGUUCGACUUCAGCGCCCUGCUUAGGGAGACCGGCAGCCCCUUGCCGCCUACCGGUCUCCCGUGUCUCUACUCUGCGGCGAUGCCACACACGGCGCCGGAGACCGAGCCCUCCGCGACCCUGAGCUUCCCUCGCUCUUCCCUGAGAACGCCAAGCCCCCUCCCGCCAUCGCGGCCCUUGACUUACCCCGCUUCCGGGAUCACUCUGCGACAACGCUCGAGCUCCUCCGGUCUACCGGCGAGCAGGCGCGCACCCAGCAUUGCAGGCAGCGCCGCGGAUCCUCUCAGGGAAAGCCUUGCACGCGCACCCUCCCCGCACGACGCCGUGUCACCCAACCCAGCCCGCAAAGCUGAGAAGCUCGUCUCGAUUUUCCCCGCGGGGGAGGAGGCACUCCGCGGGCCUGACCCCCGCGCCCUGCCUCAGCAGCUUCGGAGACGCGCAGCGUACAGCGCCUUUCUGACGUCGCCCUUCGGUUCCUCUUCAUCCAGGAAGAGGAAAGUGCCUUCAGCGUCCACCGCCUCCUUACAGCCCCCUCAGGCUUCCGCCGCUUCUCCCUGGAGGCACCGACGAGAGCGGGCCUGCGCGGUGAGCGGCGACGGCGACGCCCCCGCGCCGGCAAGAAGUCGUCGAGGGGUGAGGACUACAAAGCCGCCGCGCAUUCCCUCUCGAAAUUUCUUUCCUCCCUUUCCCUACGCCCACUCAGCCUCGCGUUGCCCCUGGGUCGAAUUCCCGCAGGCGACCGGUUGGCGAGCGGAUGGGAGGUCCGUCUUCCGAGGACCCUCCUCCUCGGCGGCCCCUCCGUCCCCCCUUUCUCUGCCUUUUUCGUCCUCGCCAUUCGGCGGCUCGUCUCUGUCUUCGAGGAACUCGUAUGCAUCUCUGCGCUCUUCGCUGGAGGGGGGCGCCGAGCGACCGCCAGCUCGGCGGCGUUCCCCCCUUUCUUCAUCGUUCUAUUUACGCCGCUCGCGCCGCCCGCCGUGGGCACCCGCCCUGCCUGACUCCCACGGCGGCAAGCAGAGUCGCGAGCGGGCGACGGCGCGAGGAGGCGACGCACUGUCUCCCUCGUGUGCCUCUCCCUUCCUCUCACUGGAAGCCCUUUCUUCGCGCGUGAAGCCCGCUACCACCCCCCCCUCGGCGCCUGCCUCCUCGCGUUCGCGAUCCAGAGGCGCGCCCUCGCCGCUGCCCGACAGGCGCCGCGCCCCAGUGGAGGACGCGUUCGAUUUCCUGCGGGGAGACCGACCCUUUUCUUCGCCUCCCGCUCACUUUUCUCGCGGCGGAGAGUGGAAUUUAGGGCGCGACGCGAAUCCAAGACGGCCUGGGGCGGACGAAGUGGACGCAGAAGGUUCCUUUUUCCGCCGACGCAGUUCAGACGCUUCUGCGGAGUCGGAAUUGACUCCACACGCGCACGCGCCAAACCAAGUCGACCAGUUCGCUCUGAGACGCAGAGAACUCGAAAGGAGACGCAGUCCCUCUUCAGUCUGCCUCUGGGGAGAAGAAAUAGGGCGGCGACCGAGAAAUGCAGGCCUUUUCCUCUCUUCGUUCUUCCCCUUCCAGCCUCGCCUCGCCGCCGCCGACCUGCGCGAGUCGCGCCGGACGAGGGAGGCCGCCGGGAGACCCGCACUGGAGAAGAGACGUCUCACGCAGUCUCGAACUCUCUCUCUCCCGCAGUCUCCUUCGUGUCGCUCUGCGGCUUUGUCUCCUCUUUCGCUUCUUUCUUCUCAGAUGUCCUCUACGCCGCCUUCUCUGCCUCUCCGCGGAGCGCUAGCGCCCUAUCGCUCGCGCGGGGUCUAUGCUCACUCGCCCUCGUUGAGCGCGGGAUAUUCGGCGUCGUGGGCCCGCGCCCCGCCUCGGUCUUGGGCUCCUGUCUUCUCGCCGCCCUACCCCGACCCCCCCUCCGCGGCUUCUCCUCAUUCGCCCUCGUCUCGCUUCGCCUUUGCCUCUCCUGUCUCGCCCCCUUCGGCGCGUGCAGAGUCGCUCCCCCGGAGCGCGCCGCCGCUGCUGCCUUCUCUCCCCGAAGAAGGCGAACACGGAGACCGCGUGUUUGCUCAGGGCCCUCGCUCUCACCUGCCCGAUGCCGCCGCCCGCACCUGGCCUUCCAGCGCAGGUGACUUGCAGCGCGUCCAGGGGCUCCAACAGCGACAGCCUGAAUGGUUUGCUGAAGCCGAGAUGAGAGGCGAUAGCGAGGGGGGCGGCGACUCGCCGUUCCGGCGUCCACACCCCCCCCCCCGGUCGCAGCCCUCCUGGUCUCGAUCCUCCCGGGCACGCCUCGCACCGCCGCCGUUUUUUCCGCGGCCGUGCGACACUCCACCUUGGACCAGCGGCGCCUCGCCAAAGGACGGCUGCCUGUUCGGCACGCGGCGAACGCCAGCGGCUGUCCCCGCUGUCCGCAGGCUCUCUGGAGCACAGCAGCCGAGAGAAGACGGCGACGAUGAAGAUGAGCUCGAACACGGUGACGAGGGCGGGCGCUGCGCAGCCGAAGCGAUGCCUCGGCCGCAGCUGCCCCUCCCCUUUCUUCCUGCCUUUGCGUCCCUGUCUCCCUGCUCUCCCUUCUCUCCCUUGUUUUCGUCUCUGCAGCGUGUGACGGAGCUCGGGGCUGACCGCCGAGCUGCUGCGACGGCGCGCAAAGACACGACGGCGGAGACAGCCGCCGCGAGCUCUGGCAGUCCGCGGCGUUCGCAGGCAACCGAGGACGACACAGCUGCGCGCGCGACAUACUGGCGCGCCUUGAUUGCGCCUCUCGCUCGGAUUCGCCGCGAGGGCUGCGCGCCGCAGACGCACGCUGAAGGCGAACGCAACCCUUUCGAGACCGCUUUGAAGGCACGCCCGCCAAACCAAACGUCUGUCCCUUCUUCCGCACUCUCAGCGCUCGACAAAAACCUGCUGCCGGUGUCCUCUUCGUUCUUCGGUCCUUCUUCCGCCGCAGCGGCGUUCUCGGUUUCGCCGGCAGUGUGUGUUCCUUCGUCGGCGGAUGCUGCGCCUCUCGGGGCGCCCGCGCGGGACUUAGCUGUGACCACAGUGGAGGCGACGCUGCAUUCUUCGCUUGUCUCUCUCCUCCGCCUUUUCCAUCCCGCGCUACUCCACGACGCCGAGCAGAAAGCGGCAAAGCUCUCGCGGCAGCAGGGCGCGCGAAACGCACGGAUCACUCCGCCUGGAGCCUCAGGGUGCGGCCCCUCCGCAGCGCUGUCCGCACUCGCUGGAAACGGAGACGCCGCGCGCUGCCGAGUUGUCAGCGCUGUUGACGCAGGUGGCGCGGAAGAAGGCGAGGGCGACAGUGAAGGGGCCCACGAGGGAGGCGACGGAGAGACAAGGCCUCCGCGCGAGCAGCAGCGCCUGCAGGCCAACGGUGGCGGAGGGGUGUCUGGGUGGUCGCCUCAGAGUUCGAACGCGUGUGCUCCGGCCGCGCGACGCUCAGAGGGCGACCCGAGCUUGCCAGUUUCCUCCAUUGAGCCUCCGCCCUCCUCUAGCCCCUCUGAGGCUCUGCCUGCUGAGGCGCCGCCUGCUGAGGCACCGCCUGCUGAGGCUUCGCCGGCGAGCCUGGGCGCCUCGGCGCCGCAAGGUCCUCCGCCGGCCGCUCCGCUCUUUCUCCUCUGCUGCAGCGGCGGGAGCGACAGCACGGCACUUCUGCACGCGUUUGCGCGCCUGUUUUCUCCCUGGGCGAUUGCGAGACGGGACCCCGCGGCCGUCGGCGACUUCCAGCGACACGGUGCGUCUCUAUCGCCUCUCGUUUUGCCGCCACCACACGCCGCGCCUCUCGCUGAGGAGGCACUCGCGACGGGCCUCUUCGGGCGGGGGACGCGCGGAGACAGCGCGGAAACCGGCGCCGCGGGUGCCGCUACCCGAGAGAGGCUCUCGGCGGCGAAGCUGCGGGCGUGGGGGGUGCGGGGGACUCUCCUCAGCCUCCCGAUCCACGUGGUCUACCUGAAUCACGCGCUGCGACCCGAGGCUGCGCAGCGAGAGGCGGAGAAGGUGCGGCGCCUCUGCGCCUUCUACGGACUGCCCUUCCACGUCUGCCACCGUCGCCCGCUGCCCUCGCCACACGCCGAGAAAACAAGGGCCGCGGAGACUGCAGACGCGCCCGCGAGCGAGCCUGGCAAACACCCGCCAGGAGGGGCGUGCACGCAGGACGACGGGGAGGAAGCGACGCGAGGGCCCCAGGCGGAGGGCCGCGACGACAAGCAGGCAGCGGACGUGGCAAAACGACAGAGACACGACGGCGAGACGGGGGCUGCUGACACCGGAGGCGACGCCGAGGAGGAGCUACGGGAAGGGAGCGCCGGCCGUGAGCUCCGCGCAUUUCGGGAUUCCUCGCCGUCGGCGCGCGCUGUGCCUGGCUCCAAGUCGCCGCAGCAGACCUUUCGCGACUGGCGACGGGGGGCGCUCCGGCAGCUUCUGACGGAUCUCGUUUGCUCGGUUUUUCGCAGGGAAAAACACAUUCCUGAAGAAAAGUUGAACCCGUGCAUGGAAGGCGAGCCUGAUCAGCCCCGAGAGGAGCUCACGGCGCGCGAGAAUGUGCAGGAAGACUGUGAACAAGAGCGGCGUCGCCCAGGGAUCCAGGCGCCAGUUUCUCUCCCUUCUCCGGCAGAGUGCUUCGCCAAGAAAAGAGGCGAAAGCGAGGACGCGAAAUUUGCGCCUUUUGUCUCUCCGCGGCUCCUGUCGCAGCUCAAGGAGGCUUAUGCCGCGGCUGGUGACAAUCAACUUGAAACCAGCGAGGCUGCAGCCGCUCCCCAGGUAGCCCCUGCCUCCCUUGCCUCUCCUCUUUCAGCCUCGCCUUCGCCUGGAUGUGAGCUGUCGCUCGCCCCCUCGUGUUCAGAGCCCCUUGAAGGUCUUUCCUCAGAGACGGGCGACCGCACGGGCAGAAUCGCGAGCUGCAGCGAGGCUGAAAACCUCCCUCUCGCAGGACAGGGAGAGACAGAACUUUUCAAAGACAGCCGCCUCCUCGCAGGGGACGCCGCGCCAGCGGGAGAUAGGGGGAGAAAAGUCGCCGCAGGAGAAAGGGAGGGAGAACGAGGCUUCCCGCCCCUCGCGUAUGUGGUGAUGGCGCAUCAUGCUGGCGACGAGCUCGAAACGCUCCUGAUGAAGCUGCUGCGCGGCGCGCAUCUCACCAACCUCGGAGGCAUGAAUGCCGUUUCUCCGCUGAGCAGCUGCGCGCCCCGCUUCGCCAUCUUUCGCCCGUUCCUCUCGCUGCAGAAGGCGCAGCUGCAGAGAUACGUGAAGGCUCUGGGGGACUCCUGGCGUGAGGACGAGACGAACGCGAUGCCUUCGAAAUAUCCGCGGAACGCCGUCCGCUUGCAGCUCCUGCCUCUCCUCGCCGCCCUCCUGUCGCAUCCCAGAGACCGCAGCGGUGUCUCUCGCCGCCCCACCCCGUACGCGCUGUCGCCCGCCUGGUCUCCCGCGUUGCCUGCUUCGCCGUCUGCUCUCGCUUCGCCUCCCGCUUCCGCGCCGCGUUAUCCUCCAUUCCUGUCAUCGUCCUCAGCUUCGCCGACGGCGUCGCCUCACUCUCCGCCGUCUCCCUGCGCGUACGCGCCGCCCGCCUCCUCUUCACCGUCUGCUUCCUCCGCGGCGAUUGCGUCAGCCUUGUCGUCUGCUUUGGGGCGCGCCGACGCCGCGAGAGCCCGUGCGGUGCAGGCGGCUCGCCAGGCCGCUUGGCUCGCGGCGGCAGACAGAUGCGCGGUGGACCCGGCGGGUAUUCCACAUGCAGAGCGCAGGCCGCGCGCGCCUCAGCUCGCGACAGAAUGCUCCAGUCUCGCUCCCGGGCGCAGCUCUUCUCUCUCUUCCUUGCUGUCUGCUGGGGCGCUGCCUUCCGCCGCGUGCGAAGGCAGAUGCGAGGGCGACGCCGCGAAGCAGGCGAUCCUGGCGAAGAUCGCGGAGACAGCCGCGAGUGUCUUCUUCAGAGGCGGCGGCGACCUGAGGCACCAGGCUGUCCUCCGGCGCGCGGCUGCGCUCGCCCGACAAAGCGCCGCGCUGCGGCAGUGGGUCGACUGCGAGGCAACCAAGUGGGAGCGGAAAAUCUUUCGAGAGACGCACGCAGAAGGCGAGGCAGGAGGCGACCAAACUGUGGAGGCUGGCGCCGGAGGACGCGAACUGCAGACCCAAACAGAAGAGCAAAAACGAGGCACCGCAGCCUCUGGAGCAGAUGGAGCCGCAGAAUUACGACCGCAACGAGCGGAGCUAGGGCGAGACGACCGCGUGGAAGGCAGACAGGCGCGCGCGCCGGCGAGCGAGGACUCGAGGGUGGGAAAGGGAGGUGGAGAGCGAGAGCGAGGGGCUGACGCGUCAGGGCUGCAGGACGUCUCCGCGAAGACAACAGAAGAGAGCGAAACCAUGAACCGCAGCGUGGAGAAAAAAGAGAGCGACCUGAAGGACGAACAGCCAGACGCGGCUCGCGGCGUGCGAAAAGGAAAGUCCGCCGAGCUUUUUCCACUGUUAGCUUGGCAGCGCGAGGAGGCUCUCUUCUUUCAGCAGGAACUUCUCCACAGGUGGCUGACGCGAGCGAGCGCGGGAGAGCUUGUGCUGCCCUACGCGGCGCUUGAGGCGCUCUCGGCGUCGCUCCUCACGCUGCGCGCCAGCCGCGCGAGUGCCAAGCGAGGGGAAAAAGACGCGCAAAAAAGAACGAAAGAAGGAAAAACCACAGAGCCGAGCGCCGUAGAAGGCAGGGGGGCGGGAAGUGAGCGGCGCCCUGACGACGAACAAAACAGAGACGGGCCUGGAGAAGAGGGGAACGGAAGUGGCAAGCCAGCAGAGAAGGGGACAAAGGAGACAGUGGAGACAGAGGGGACAGUGGAGACAGAGGGGACAGUGGAGACAGUGGAGACAGGAGAGACAGAGAGAGGAGCGAGGGAGGAGGAAGCGAGGGAGAAAGAGAAGAGGGACGGGCAGGGGGCAGGGGCAGAACAAGCGGCCGUCAGCGGAGCCGCGGGACUCGAAAAUAGAGAGAUGCCGGAAGAGCGAGACGUCACGCUCAAGUUCAGCAGAGCGAGCGAAAGAGGGAAACCAGAGAUAGGGCAAGCGCGCCUGGCAGCCCGGGGUGAGGAAGUGAAAGGAACAGCAAACACACAAAAAAAAACAGCCCCGUGGCAGCUUCACCUCCCAGGCCACUUCACUCUAAUUGAAGACGGAGGCUACCUGCACCUAGUCAAACGCGUGGAGAAUAAAUAG